CAUUCUUCAACUCUUUCGAAAUGUCUGUGUGACAAUAAAUAAACAUGUAUAUUAAGAACGAAUGUUAAUGUUCGAACGUUCGGAGAUCGAUAUUGAACGUAAUAAAUUUUAACAACGUUGUUUUACCAGUUUAUUCUAACUUCCUCUUUGAACCCAAAAAUCGAUUAAGAUAUAGUCGAAAUGUAUAUCAAAUUGCGUUGUAAAUUGAAUAAUAGCUUUGUAGAUUUUAAAUCACGAUAACGGUCUUAUAAUGUUUUGUGUAUUUUUUAAGUGUAAAAAGAACAAUUGGAUGUCAUUUUGAACAUAAAAAAAAAUAUUGUUGUGAAUUACUUAUUGUAAACAACGGUGAAAGAUUUUAUUUAUUAUUUUAACAUUUUUACUAUUGUUAAACGUAAACAAAAAUGGGGAACUCUGGUGGUAAAGAAGAGACUCACAAGAAGCAAAAGGAACGUCACGAGAAAAGUGAUUUAGUGAUUCUCCUUGAUGAUCUGAAAAAGCUGCAAACAAAACCAAAGAAUGUAUUGACCGUGGAGCGUUCAGACAUUAUAGGAUCUGCUCUGCCGUAUUUUAAAAUGCCAGGAUGUGAGUACAGUCCCCUCGAGAUAGUCAUAACAACUGAAGGUGUCAAGGAACAAUAUACAGAUUUAGGUGGACCCACACGAGAAUUUUUCACUCUUUUCUUCAAGGAAUUAUUAAGAAAAGAAGUAGACAUGUUUGAAGGUCAAGACCAAGGCAGGAAUUUAUUACCCGUCAAUAACGACAAGGCCGUGCAGGGGAACCUGUUUUUAAU